AAUUUUGCAUGAAAUUGCUAGUCUGAAGACUAGCAGUCAGUGCCGUCUGUGACUAGGAUCCCACCCCACACCUGUCGCUGCACGCCACCCCACAGUCGGCAUAGUUGGCCGGUCCAUGAGAAAAGAGAAAGACCCACACAGGCACACAGAAGAUUGAAACAAUCAUACUGGAAGAAGAAGAAGAAAGAGGAGGAGAAGAUGGAAACGGAGAUUAUGAGGGGAUCAAUCCUGGUGGGGCAGGGGCUGCCCAUACAUGGCCAGAUCUCUGUGUUGGCUAACAUCUUCGUUCUCAUUAUAACCGUGGUGUCUGUGGCAGCCAAGGCGUCCAGAGGGUGUCGAAAAGGGAAGAGGCUUCAAAAUGGAGGGGAUGCAGGGUCCGGGCGUUAUGAAAACAAAAUUGUAGCAGGGGUGGUGUACAGAGUGGCGGUGGCGUGCUGUAUAUACAUUGUGGGUUGCGAAAUCGCAGUGUUGGCAUGGGAGGCUUGGGCGAAAUCAGAAUGGUGGAUGUUGUUGUCGCAGGCAUUGCAGGUGGUAGUGUGGGUGGUGGCCAGCAGCGCGACAUGGAGACUCAAGAGGUUGGGGCGCUCUUCAUUGCCCUUGUUCCUCAGAGCGUGGUGGCCGCUCUCCUUGGCUCUCUGCCUCUGUACCCUCAUAAGAUACAAGACCACCUUGCCCACCACAUAUGUUCUUCUCAAAGCCCUUUGUUCCCCCGCCCUCGCUUUUCUUUGCUUCGUGGCCGCUCGCGGGAACCUGGGAAUACAGAAGAUUGUGAAUUCAGAUCUCCAGGAGCCCCUUCUGGAGGAAAGUAGCGAUUUGAAUGUGACGCCCUAUUGCGGGGCUGGGGUGGUGAGCACGGUGACUCUGUCUUGGCUUAAUCCGAUCCUGAAGGUGGGCUACAGGCGGGCGCUGGAACUUAAGGACGUGCCUGCUCUGUCCCCAAAAGACAGAGCAGAGAAUGCAUACAAGGUCUUAACGGAGAAUUGGGCCAAACUCAAGGCGGCCAAGCCCGAGGAGCAUCCGUCGCUAGCAAAGGCGAUUGCCAUGUCAUUCUGGAGGGAGGCCCUGCGGAAUGGCGUGUUCGCGGGGGUGAAUACGAUGGUGUCCUACGUGGGACCCUUCUUGAUAAGCUAUUUCGUGGACUACCUGGGUGGAAAGGAAGUGUUCCCGCACGAAGGUUACAUUUUGGCCUCUGUCUUCUUUGGGGCCAAAGUGGUGGAGAUCGUGACGACGAGGCAAUGGUACCUGGGUGUGGACAUUUUGGGAAUGCACGUACGCGCGGCUCUGACUGGGCAGGUGUUCGAAAAGGGUAUGCGGCUGUCGAGCGUGGCAAGGCAGAGGCACAGCAGCGGCGAAAUCAUCAAUUACAUGGCCGUAGAUGUGCAGCGAAUCGGCGAUUACUCGUGGUACCUGCACGACAUCUGGGUGCUGCCUCUUCAAAUCAUCCUCGCUCUGGCAAUUCUCUUCAAGAAUGUGGGCCUCGCCUCCCUUGCCACCCUCGUCGCUACUGUCAUCUCCAUUCUCAUCAAUACUCCGCUUGCCAAACUGCAAGAAGAGUACCAGGACAAUCUCAUGGCUGCCAAGGAUGAUCGAAUGAGGAGCACGUCCGAGUGCCUCAGGAAUAUGCGCAUAAUGAAAUUGCAGGCGUGGGAGGAGCGCUACAGAUUGAAACUGGAGGACCUGCGCCAGACAGAGUUCGUGUCGCUGAGGAAGGCGCUCUAUGCACAGGCGUGUGUAACCUUCAUUUUCUGGGGCUCCCCCAUUUUUGUGUCCGUGGUGACUUUUGGGACCUCUAUAUUGUUGGGUGGACAACUGACUGCAGGAGGGGUGCUAUCCGCAUUGGCCACUUUCAGAAUUCUUCAGGAGCCUCUAAGGAAUUUUCCCGACUUGUUGUCCAUGAUUGCUCAGACUAAAGUGUCCCUAGAUCGCAUUUCAAGAUUUUUAGAAGAGGAGGAACUGCCUCAUGAUGCGACGAUAUCUAUCCCCAGCAAUUCAUCGGAGCUUGCUGUCGAAAUUAAGGAUGGAGAUUUCAGUUGGGAUCCCAUUUCAGACAAGCUAACCUUGUCCGGGAUUAAUUUGCAAGUGAAGAAGGGUAUGCGGGUGGCAGUUUGUGGCGUGGUUGGAGCUGGAAAGUCAAGCUUUCUGUCCUGUAUAUUGGGAGAAAUUCCUAAAGUGUCAGGUCAAGUAAAGAUUAGUGGAAGUACAGCAUAUGUGUCACAGUCUGCAUGGAUCCAGACUGGUAACAUUGAGGAAAACAUUCUUUUUGGUGACGAAAUGGAUAAAGCGAAGUACAAGAAUGUUCUUCAAGCUUGUGCUUUGAAGAAAGACUUGGGGCUGUUUUCACAUGGUGAUCAAACAAUCAUUGGCGAGAGAGGGAUCAAUCUAAGUGGUGGACAAAAGCAAAGAGUACAGCUUGCUCGGGCACUUUAUCAGGAUGCUGACAUAUAUCUUCUUGACGAUCCUUUUAGUGCAGUUGAUGCCCAAACAGGCACAGAGCUAUUCAAGGAGUACAUAUUGGGGGCUUUAGCGACAAAGACUCUGGUAUUCAUUACGCAUCAAGUAGAAUUUUUGCCCACAGCUGAUCUUAUACUGGUGCUACGCGAUGGCAGAAUAAUACAAGCUGGCAAAUAUGAAGAUCUUCUGCAAGCUGGUACUGAUUUCAACACGCUGGUAUCGGCGCAUCAUGACGCCAUAGAAGCUAUGGAUGUUGCUGAGUACCUGAUUGAUGAACCAGAUGAAGAAAAGGAGUCUGUUGGGGUUAUUAAGGAAGAAGAUCCAAAACCUUGUGAAAUCAGCAAUCUGCCGACACAGAAAGCAGAUAAGGAAUCAUCUUCUGAUAAGCAACGAAAGAAGGAGAAGAAGGCCAAGCGAAUGAAAAAGAAACAGCUCAUCCAGGAGGAAGAACGUGAGAGGGGAAAUGUCAGCUUCCGUGUGUAUUGGUCUUAUUUGACUGCAGCCUAUAGGGGUGCUUUAGUCCCACUCAUCAUACUUGCACAGACAUUAUUUCAGGUCUUGCAAAUAGGAAGCAACUGGUGGAUGGCAUGGGCAAAUCCACAAACAGAUAGAGAAGAGCCCCGAACGAGUAGCUUCACUCUCAUUCUGGUUUACAUGGGCCUGGCAUUUGGAAGCACAGUAUUUGUAUUCAUAAGGGCUCUACUUGUGGCAACCUUUGGUCUGAAGGCAUCACAGAAGCUGUUUGCUAAUAUGCUAAGAAGUAUUUUCCGUGCUCCGAUGUCUUUCUUUGAUUCAACACCAACUGGCCGUAUCCUCAGCCGUGUUUCUAUUGAUCAAAGUGUUGUAGAUCUAGAUAUUCCCUUCAGACUGGGUGGAUUUGCUUCUACUACCAUUCAACUGCUUGGCAUAAUUGCUGUUAUGUCAAAGGUCACAUGGCAAAUUCUAGUAUUGUUUGUACCGAUGUCACUGGCUUGUUUAUGGAUGCAGAAAUACUACAUGGCAUCAUCAAGAGAACUAGUUCGAAUGGUAGGCAUACAGAAGGCUCCAAUUAUUCAUCACUUUGGGGAAUCAAUUGCUGGAGCAGCGACCAUCAGAAGUUUUGGCCAGGAACAAAGAUUUAUGGAAAGAAAUUUAUAUUUAUUCGACUGCUAUGCUCGUCCAUUCUUUUAUAGUUUUGCAGCCAUUGAAUGGCUUUGCUUACGAAUGGAGUUGUUAUCUACUUGUGUCUUUGCUUUCUCAAUGGCUCUCCUUGUGAGCUUUCCUGUUGGUACCAUUGAUCCCAGUAUGGCUGGUCUUGCAGUAACAUAUGGUCUCACAUUGAAUGCUAGGCAGUCUCGCUGGAUUUUGAGUCUGUGCAAACUGGAGAACAAAAUUAUUUCAAUUGAACGGAUUCAGCAGUAUUCUUGUAUUCCUAGUGAGGCUCCAUUAGUGAUUGAAAACAGUCGGCCUUCACCUUCGUGGCCAUUUCAGGGAACUGUUGAUAUAGUAAAUUUGCAGGUGAAAUAUAAGGAGAACCUUCCGAAGGUUCUACAUGGUAUAACCUGCACAUUUCUUGGAGGGAAGAAAAUAGGGAUAGUGGGACGGACGGGCAGUGGGAAAUCUACCCUAAUUCAAGCUUUGUUUCGGAUGGUGGAGCCUGUGGAUGGAAGAAUUGUCAUUGAUGGCUUAGAUAUAUCAACCAUAGGCUUACAUGAUCUACGCUCACGUUUAGGCAUUAUCCCACAAGAUCCAACUUUAUUCGAGGGAACAAUUCGUUUCAAUCUUGAUCCUCUUGAAGAACAUUCAGACAAUGAAAUCUGGGAGGCUCUUGACAAGUGUCAGCUCGGAGAUGUAGUCCGGCAGAAGGAAGCGAAACUCGAUAGCCCAGUGACAGAGAAUGGAGAAAAUUGGAGCAUGGGGCAAAGGCAGCUUGUAUCUUUAGGUCGAGCAUUGCUGAAACAAGCCCGUAUACUGGUGCUUGAUGAAGCAACUGCAUCAGUGGAUACAGCGACUGAUGGUGUCAUUCAGCGAACAAUUCGGGCUGAGUUCAUGGAUUGUACUGUCAUUUCUAUUGCACAUCGUAUUCCAACAGUAAUAGACAGUGAUCAAGUUCUGGUUUUAAGUGAUGGGAGAGUGGCAGAAUUUGAUACUCCAUUAGCACUUCUAGAAGACAAGUCAUCUUUGUUUUUCAAGCUUGUAUCAGAGUAUUCAAUGAGGUCGAGUAGUGUUUCUGACGUGGCAAACAUGAGCUAGACAUAAACUGUGAAGAACAAAGGUGGUUAAGGGGUUGCCUAGGAAGUCUGGCCUAUGCGAUUGAUUGUGACAAAAAAUGGAUCUAACAUGUAGCUUUCGCUGGACUGGGAUCUAACAAGUAGCUUUCGCUGGACUGUGCUGUCAUUUAGCUACUAACCGAGAUUCUCAGUUGAAUUGAGGCCAGUCAUCAUGCCAUGCCUGCAACUGUGUAUCCAGAAUGGGGAAUUUAAUGCCCAAAGUAAAUCUCUUAUUUUUUCCAGACGAUUGCAAAAUAUGGCCAAUGAUCAGAUAUGAGCCACUGGAGGUGAAAAGAAUAUGUUUGUGGAUCAUUAACCUCAGUAAUUUUUUAAGUUUUAUGAGCUACCCUUACAUGUUCAUCUUGUAGCACAUUUAUCCUGUUUGGGUUAUUUAUGUAUUGGUGCUCUGCUAUUCUCAUCUUUGUAAGAAGAAUUUUGACUUGGGCCAAAUUUUAUGACACUAUAUCAUCUUAUGAUCAGGAAUUCUGAAAGCUAUUUCCUAAGUAGACGAGAAUCGGGAAUGCUUCGCCAACUGUGAAGCAUUUUUUCCUGUCAAGGCCUUUGGAUCUUCUUUAUUCUCAUAUUGUUCCUUAAUAGUUAAGUAGUCCCAAUAAAAAAAUAAAUUCUAGGUUUUGGAGCAAUAUAUACUUAUUACUUUAA